AUGCAAGCACUUUUAAAGACUAACUCGCAUUGUAAUUCAAGUAUCCUGGGAAACUCCUACUGUAAAAGUAACAACUUUGGUGAUUAUGAAUCUUUAAACUUCUUUGAACAAAAGACAACUCAGACAGUUUUCAGUGAUGAUCUCAUUGCACAAUCAUCCGCACUAACUACAUCAGUGCUCAAAUAUAACGUUGAUACAAGUACCAAAGAGAAUGUUAUCCCUAGUGAUAUCGACGAUAAUUUCUUUACAACGUUUCUGGAAUCCUCCAAAGCUGACGUGGACAAGUCAAUUUCUAGUAGUGACUCAAAUAAAAAAUCACUUGGUCAGACAGCUAACCGUAGUUCUAACAAUAUCAAAUCACAUGCUAGCAGUAGUGAUGAUGAUGAUGCAUUUGAAAACUUUUUAAAAUCCCAGCAAACCAAGAUAAACAAAAUUGAGGUUAAUCAAGUCAGUGAAUGGUCAUCUUGGGAUUCUGAUGACGAUGAUAGGUCGAGUUGUGAUUCGCCAUAUCAAACGUUUUACUACAGAGUCAACAACAAGUUGCAUUUGUCUGAUACCACAAAAUUACCAUCAAGAUCAUCAGAAUCGAAACUUUCUGAUUCUAAGAAAAAAUAUGUUGUUCCAGAUAGAAAAACUCAGUCAUGUGCUGUUCAAGUUUCAAAGUAUCCGCAUAUUUCCAAAUAUCAGAAAAUUUCAUAUAAGAUAGAACAGCGUAAUUCACAAUGUGUAUCUACGGAGGAAUUCGUUUAUUCUCUUUAUCCAGUUGACAAUAAUGAUAACAGGAAGCAGACAUCACACGAGAAACUUCGUCAUCCUGAUGCGUUAAAAUUUGUUCAAAAGUUUAAGCCAAAUCGAUCUGAAUUAGCUGAAAAAUUAUACCAAAUUUACAAUGAAAAGAUAUUUUCUAACCAAUUACCACCAAAGUUAGAGAUUAUAUGGAGUCGUCGACUAUUGAAAACUGCUGGUCUUUGCAAGUACAUGAUGCGUACAUCCACUCAUUCAAACGGAACAUCUAAUCAGGUUCGUAUCGCUCAGAUUUUGUUAUCGGAAAAAGUAUGCACCACAGCUGAGCGCGUUCGCGAUACCCUGCUGCACGAGAUUUGUCACGCUGCUGUUUGGUUGAUCAAUGGUUUAAAUGAUGGUCAUGGACGACAUUGGAAAUCUUGGGCUAACCGUGUUCAUCGAGUUUGGCCGAAGCUGCCUGUGGUUUCUGUUUGUCACGCAUAUACAAUUGAUACACGAUUCACAUAUCGAUGCACAGGGUGUGGUGUAUGUAUUAAUCGACAUAGCAAAUCUUUGGAUAUUACUAAAAAGAUUUGUGGUCAUUGUCGUUCGAAGUUUGAAUUACUCAUUAAUACACCUAAAGGUCGUAUGCUUCGACCCAGUUUAGCUGCCCAAUAUGAUAAACGUCUUCUGCCGCAUUGUUCUUCCAAUAAUGUAACUAAAAUGCCUUAUGAACUAGAAAAUUAUCAGUUGUCUAGAACUCCAGAUGAAAAUAAUCGAAAUCACAAUGUUGAAAAUGGACUAUCAAAUAUGUUUAGGGACUUACGAGUUAAAUGA